AGUGGGCGGCAAUGAAAAUAAAUGGGCAUUGAUAGUCUAGGCAGAGCCUUUCUUUCAGAUGGCAAUGUUGGCGUGGCUCUUCCGCCUAGCUGGGGAAUGAAUGAAAAAAAAGAAAAGCACAAUAAUUUGUUUAUCUAAAGAGAAAAGCACAGCAGUACAGAAAGUAGCCGGUGAUGUUCCAGAGUGUAUUCAGUGAGAGGUGGACACACUCUAUAUCUGUCCCCAUAGGCUGCGUUACUGUGUUUGUGCUUACAGUUUCUGUUCCUACUCACCUAUCACAAGAGGACAUAAACACCUGACGCUUCUCACUUGAGUCACGUUGACAUGCAGUCUUGUGACUGACUGACCACAGACUCAGUAGGGAAUUGAACUUUGAAGGACAAUUUUAACAUUAUUAAAGAGGUUUUUCUCAAUUAAUGUCACUAAACUUUACACAGCAAUGAUGGGAACCAUGGCACAACAGCUCCUAGGCUUCUUUCUGGGUCUCCUGGGCCUGGUCGGGACUCUGACAUCAACGGUGCUUCCUCACUGGCGCCAAACCGCUUAUUUUAGCACCAAUUUUAUCACCGCUUCAUACUAUAUGAAAGGUCUAUGGAUGGAGUGUGUUAGCCACACAGCUGGCAUUUAUCAGUGUGAAUUCCAUCGAUCAAUGCUUUCUCUGCCCAAAGAUCUGCUGGCUGCCCGGAUUUUAAUGGUGCUCUCCUGCACCACUUCAAUUUUGGCUGCCAUACUUUCAGCUGUGGGCAUGAAAUGUACCCGAUGCGCCUACCAAUGCCAUGCCAAGGGCUCCAUAGCUGUGACUGGAGGUUCAUGCUUUGUCCUGGCUGGCCUCUUCUGCCUUAUCACUACAUCCUGGACAACCUGUGAUGUCAUCAGAGACGCAUAUAAUCCAUUUUCUACUUCUGGGAUGAAAUAUGAGAUCGGCCUGGCUGUCUACAUCUCUUUCUCAUCAGCUAUUUUCAGUAUUUGUGGAGGUGGGAUGCUUUGUGUGGCAUCAUGGGAUGUAAGAAAUUAUUUAAGCCACAAGGUGGCAGACCCACAGGUACCAGGCCCAAAUAAAUGUCAUAUCCCAGCCUAUCAAGCAAACACUGCCUUUGAAAGUGAUCAUUCAUCAUCACCAAAUUUUUCCUCCAGCAGUGCUUAUAGGUUAAGUGAUAGCAUUAGUGAAAGUAGUAUUAAAAGUAAAACUUAAAGUAAAAGUCCAGUAAGAAGGGAAACUUUCGUGCAAAAUUAAACAGCACUCAGUAAUACUUUUUUUUUUUUGAGUGAAAUGGCAGUGAAUAUGGACAUAUCCGCAAGGCCACAAGCUUUAUUCUUUAAUCUGAACUUUAUUCUGAAAUUGCAGAAUAAGGUCUAAUACAAUUUUAACACUUUUAUUCUUUCGGUGACAGCAAGAGAAAACAUACCUUUUUUUUUAUUUUACUACAAUAGCUUUCUAUAAACUAAAAUAUACGGCACACUAAAGAAAGAAACCUUUUUUUAUUUAAGAAUAAGAAAAAACCUCUAAUAAUUAUUAAGUUCUAAUGGCUAAAACUCCCAAGUCUAUAGGAUGUUGGUGAUAGAAACUACUUAUUAUUUAUCAUGUGGUUGUUUAGCAACUAGGGAUGUAAUGAUACAGAUUAUUGUAUUGUAUCAUUCAAUAUGAGGCUCUUUAUUCAAUGGGUCUGCAUAACAGUAUGUAACACAAUUUUUGUUCCUGAUGCAAGAUGCAAAUUCGCCCGUUUUCUCAAUGAAAAUAGGUAAAUUUCAAAAUACCAAUGUCAUAGUCACAAAACCAAAGUUUGAUGGGAAUAAUAGCCAUUUUCUAUACUUUUGAAGUAAAUAAUUAGGAAGUAAUUAGGAAAUAAACCCAGGAACAACAAAAUAAAGUUGCAUAGUAAUUAAUAGAUUUGUUAGAUAGAGUGAUAGAAUACUUUACUGAACCCCUUUUGUUGCAGCAGCACAAUAAACAACAGAAAUUACUUAACUAAAUUAGAAUAAAAUAAGACGCUAAGUAGCAACAAAAGUAAGUAAUGUGGUUGUAGUGCAGGUGAUGAUCAUAAGGUGACAGUCAUUAGAACAUGUCCAUGAGGAAGAGAAUAAAUAAUAAUAAAUACAGUGGGUUGGAAUGUGAGGGGGAAAAACAAUGUUGUUAUACAGCUAGCACAGGACGAGUCAUACAGUCUGAUAGAAGUCGGUAUAAAAGACCUCCUCUUUGAAACAGUAGCAUCCUCUUAGUCUCGAAUCAGGUGAAGUUAUGGAGGUUUUAAAAAAGUUUUUCCAAAGCACACUGAUUUCACGAGCCAAUAUGCUAGCAUACUAGCAUGUGUAGUGUUGGCAAGAGUGCUAAGGAUUAAUUAGUUGUGUUUAAUUUUGUUAAAUUCUAACGCACAAUUUUUCUUUCAUUAUAUGCUGUUAAGAUCAUGCAAACUGUGAAUAGAUCAUGCAAACUGUGUCAUUAUUAAGUUUAAAUUAUCGUACUUUUACAAUAUUGCAUAUUUUCAUACAGUAUUAUAUUAUAUUGAAUUUGAAUUUUGUGCAUCAUUACACCCCUAGUAGCAACCACACAUUUUAUGCAGUCAAAAACAAAAAACUACUGUAAUCAUUCCACAAAUUUAUAUAGAUCUAAAUAUAUAAUAAUAUAGAUUUAAAUAGAUCCAUGAAAUUUAAUACAAUUUACCUAUUUAUGUUUAUUCCAGUUUCAACAUUGUUGCUGAAUGAGUGAAGGAAAUAUUACAAAUGAACUAAUUCUAAUGAUAUUCUUUGUGGGAAUUUUAAUAAAUCAACAAAACUGUCAUU